AUGAAGUUCACUACUGCUAUUACUGUGGCCGCUGCUGCCGCUGGUGUGGCCUCGGCCCCCGUUGCUGCUCCCCAAGCUGAAGGCGAAGCCACUCUCGGUUUGAUCACUGGUCUCCUCAACGGGCUUCUCGGUGGUGGUGCUGCCAUUGGUGGUGGUAUUGGUGGCGGCUACGGUGGCAACGGUCAAGGCUCUUGGAGCUGGGGUUUCCCCGAGAACUUCUGGGGUGGCUUCCCGGGUAUCUUUGGUGGCUUCGGUGGGUCUUACAACACCUGGUACCACAAGAAGAUCACCAUCAUCAAGAGCAGCUCGGGGUCGCUGUACUACUACGCGUUCCCCGACAACUACUCCCCCUGUGGCUGUGGCUCUGACUCUGCCUACGCCGUGACUGAGGAUGACGCCAACAAGCUCAUCGACGAUGCCUCGUUUGCCGUGGAAACCAACACUGCGAUCACUGUCCCCGAUGACGAAGCCAACGCCAUUGACGAUGCCGCCAACGCUGCCGCGGCUGCUCCCCUGGCUGCCCCUCUGGCUUAG